AUGGAAAAAGACAGUUUCCAGCAGUUAGAACUAGAGAAGGGUAGACCUUCCAAAAGGAGGACUCCCAAAAGAGUUAUCCAUUUUGUUGACGGUGACAUCAUGGAAGAAUAUAGCACAGAGGAAGAGGAAGAAAAAGAGGAACAGAGAACAAAUUCAACACUUGAUCCUUCUAAACUUUCAUGGGGGUCCUACCUAAGGUUUUGGGCAGGGCGAAUAGCAAGGACCUCAUUUUCUACAUGUGAAUUCCUUGGUGGAAGAUUUGCUGUCUUCUUUGGUCUUAAUCAACCCAAAUACCAGUAUAUGUUAAAUGAGUACUAUAGAACACAAAAUAAGGAAAGUGACAAGGAAAGUGAAGGGAAUGGAUCAAAGGCCCAACCAGCCAAUAUUCCCAAUGAAAAGUGUCACCUGGAGGCUGGGGGCCGAGAGUAUGGAACGAGACAACAGGACAUUGCCGAGGGCAUUCCUCAGUGGAGUAUCUCAUCCAGCGAGGGCCUGAUGGCAGAUUCCAGUUCCUAA